AUGGCUGUUUUAAAAUCAAGCUGGAAGAGGUUCAUUUCAUGCUUGGUCGCGGGAUUUUGUUUAAGUGUCGCCCACUCGAAUGCAAGGUGAGAAACGACUCAAUAUAUUUUUUCAUAUGUCUAUGUUUCUAAGCAUUCAGCCUCAUGAAAUAAUAAUGAUAAUAAUAAUUUAUUUCUUAUAUAGCGCAAAAUACAUGUGGAUAUGAUCUAGUGCGCUAUAACCCUUUCUGUCGCCAGAAAACGUAUUUCAAUAGUAAAUAAAUAGGUAAAAACAACCACAAACUUAUUAGAAGCAAACUUAUUUGUUUUUUCCUUAUCUAUUUAUCUGUCUUGAAAACGAAUUCCACGUUUUUGACAUGCUACAGCAAAAUAAAGUUGGUGCUACUGAAAUAAAGAAGUCAUUUUAAACAGAAAGUAACAUUUGAACGCAUAUAUAUCAAAUAUGUCGCGUAAAUUGAAACGAUUUUUACAAUGUAAUACUAUAAUACUACACUAUCAGUCUACUAUAAAUUGUUUGUGGCUUUUUUCACAGAGUUUGACUUAUUACCUCUUUAUUCAGAUGUUACCAUUAAUUUUCGGUUUCUACCAUUUUGUUUCGAUUUUUUAGUUAGUUAAGCGGGGAACAAUGGCAACGUUUCAAAUAAGUUUUAAUGAUGCACAUACUAAAAACACGUCGAGUACAUUUGCCCCGUCAAAAUUUGCAUUUUACCAUUUUUCCUGCCAUGUAAGUUUAUCUUUAGACGUAAUUUUACUUCAAAAUCGUAUGGAGUGUGUUGAUAAGUGUUGGUAUUACGGUCAGCUUCUAGAAAAUUUUAUGUUUUAUCAAGUUUUCUGGCCACGUUAGUUGUAUCGUUCCUCAGUAGAUUAAGAUUUAGUUUAUAAGUUAUGGUUAAUGUUUUAUAAGCUCUUCUUUUACUUUGUCGUUAUGUCCUUCUAGAAUUCUCAAUCUCGGAGCGAUGAAGUUGUAAUAGCCCAGCUUAGCGGUAGCCUUCUCAACUCUCGUGCUACCGUUUUUCAAGGAUGUACAAAUUAUCAUUAGGUUUUCAGUUUCUAUUAAAGUUGGUGUCUCUUAGAAUAAAUCAACCCCAGGUUGUUGACGCAAUAAUUCUAAACAGAUUGAAAAUUAAAGUGAAAAGCACCUGAACUCAUUAUUUUAAAAUGUAAAUCUUUUUAGACGCACGGCAGAUGAUAUGACAGCCCUUCUAAACAAACUCAUAAAAGGCUAUGACAAAAGACUUCGGCCAAACUUUGGAGGUAAGCAAGGCAGCUUUGAAUUAUGCUCUGAUGAAUUAGCAGACAACUCUUAAUUCAUCGGCUAUAUAUCUGACUAUGCCGUUAACACGACCUCAUUUUUAUUUCAUGGCUCAAUUGUGAUCUUACUGUAACUUUCAAUUGUUUUAGAUAUUCAUUUUAAAGUUCUGAGAAGUUCUUAUUUUAACCACUUGCAUUAACGUUUCAAGGAAACAAGAGAGGUCUAACGAGCUCGCUAGAUAUUACUUCGAGUCAUUAAUUACUGAAACACAGGUUUGCUUGAAUGCUCACAUUAAAUAAGUUGAUUUUUUUAAGCCUUCUUUUCUGAUAAGUGCACACUCGGUCAUCUUGUGGAUUAAAAAAAAAAUACGAAACUAGACAAUUAUCUGCAAUUAAAGAAUGGAACUUAAAUGCAUAAUUCGCCGAUAGUUAAUUCAUUUUUAUUACAUGAACUUUCUUUUAUUUUUACUUUCUGCCCUGACCUUCUUCAUCAAUUACAAGAAGGUAAGAAGGUGUAUUCAAUUUGUUGUGGCAGUUAUGAAAGCCGGACGAAAUAAAAGCUGGAAGCAGCCACGCUGCAGAUUAGAUUAGUAGCUCCCUAACCGAACGCAGCUUUUUUUAUCUUAUUUUUCAUCUAAAUUUCUCAUUUGCAUAGUGACUGUAUAAAUAAACGGGAUAUUUCUUUUUUUGUUAUUUCGUUCCACGUGACCGGAAUGUUGUUGAAACUUUUUCACUGUCUAGUUAGUAAAAAGUGAUUUAGCUUCAUAACCAUGGCACUUAAUAAAAUAUUUAAGAUAGUAUGCGCACUCUCAUAGGCGUGUUUACAUUAGAGUAUAUAAACAAGGCUGUGGCGUCAAGCCUCGUUACUUUUGAGAAAUAUUUUACAAUAGCAUGGUGGAACUUUUUCCGUGUUUACAUAGCCACGUCUACACACCCAGAGGCUUUGGCAAAAUCUCAAAGUUUUCAUAGAAACCCUCAACUUCGUUACGGGUUUGCAGAACGUUUUCGAGUUCUCUCAACGCCCUCGUGUUGAGAUGAGGUUAUGUUAAGGCAGAAAACUCCUCUAUAAUUAAAUAUUAGCCAUGAGUCUAAAUAAUUUCUUUUUUACUUUAAAAAAGCUUUAAAGUGAAAUGUAUUAGGUAGAGUCGUGGUGACUCUUUAAGUUGCAAAUCAUUUCCGUUAUUCUCCUGACCUUAAUGUUUUAUUUAGUGGUACUGCAGUGAAGAGUAUUAGAUGCUAGUAAUUCUGAGAGUUUAGGGUACUUUUCGAUUGAGUGUUGGAAAAAUAUCAACAAAUUAAUCACAACGGCCAAUCAGGAGAUUGGAGCCAAUGAGAACUGCCUAAUACGCGGAAAAGUCCUAAUUGGUUUCAGUUUUCCAUCUAAUUGGUGGAGUGAGUGGUGCGAAUUUUCUGCACCAAUCACAGUGCGAAUUAGAGCAAAACAAAGCAAUCCCUGCUUACUUUUAACUUUCAACUGAAAAUUGCUUUAGCUAAUGGCACCGUUAAUUUUAAACUCACCAACCAAAAGAGACUUUCCAUUAAACUAUUCAGUCACAAAGGAUUUUUAGUGAGAGCUAUAUGCUUUUUGUCAAACAUUAUUUUAUGUAUCAUAUCAUUGUCAGGUGAACCAGUUGUAAUCACCGUUGGAUUGUGGGUAUUAUCCAUCGACUCCAUCAACGUUGUUGACAUGGUAGGAUGGAUCUCAUUGUAUAAAUUUUCUUGUAAGAGCAAUAUCUCGGUUUCAAAGUUAUUUUGUAAUCUUUGUUACCCCUUAUAGGAUAUACGCUACGACCUUCAAAUUUAUCGGGUUUUAAACCAUCUUCAUUAAUUACUUAUGCCGCUCAUUGUCUGGCGUGGUCAAGUUAUGGGAAAAGAUUGUGGCUGAGGUAACGAGCAGCUUGGUGGGAAAGCGUUAGCUGCAAAUGCAAGGGUAGGCGGGAGGGUAGAAAAUUCCUGGAAAGUUACUGACUUGGUAUUUUUUUUUUGAAAUGCCCAAAAUCGAAGCAGCAGGGUCAUCCAGAGAUAUUUCACGUGAAAACUUAGCAUAAUGUUUCGUAAUUACCUUCCAACGAACAGGGUUACGUAUUCCAUGCCCGUCAGACUUCCUCGGCAUAUUUAUGAAUGAUAAUUGUUUCCAGGUACUCAUUUAUACACCUGUGUGGAGAGAGCUACCGUAAUAGAAGCAAUAGUAGUCGUAGACUUUAUUUAUUGAGAGUUACAUUUUACAGUAAUAAAACUGAUGAACUCAUGUCCCUUAAAAUAAUUGAAAGUCGAAAUAAGAUGAUUAUCGAAAAAGUAACGAGAGAAAGAUUUAAAUAGAAUAUGACUAUGAACAUCGAAGAAUACAAAAAUAGUAACAGAAAUAAUUUUAUUCCUUAUGUGAUUAUUAAGAAAUAACUUAAAAUAAAUUUAUCUAGAUGAUUGCAUGCGAAUUUGAUUAUUUCAAAUUGAUUUAGACGGUAAAGGCUUAAAAUGUUUAUCACUAGAACUCCGUUUGAGUUUCGCAUUAGGCAUGAUCCAUUCCUUUAUUUUGGGAAUAGAAUGUCUUGCCAAAAAAUUGCGAUGGCCCCGUCUUGGGAAGAAACACGGAUCAAGCUCAGCAUUCUUUUUGCUUGGCCUCCAUUUCGUCCACCGAAUUAAUUUGAUCUGAAGGAUGCAUCAUUACUUGGAUCUUUAGCCCCUGUCUUUUACUUUUCAAGGAUUAUAAACUGGACUUCUUCUUAAGACAGCUAUGGACAGAUCCACGAUUACGCCACGACUGGAAUGAAACACUGGCACUUGGUAAUACUAUGAUGGAUAAACUCUGGGUUCCAGACACUUACUUUGAAAAUUCCAAAAGUUCAAAAUUCCACAAAGUUACCAUGGUCAAUAAGUUGUUAUCCAUAUCGCCAGAUGGGGGAGUCCAUUACAAUGCAAGGUAAACUGCAAAGUUGUCAUUCUUUACUUUGUUGGAUCUGACUUGAAGCUAUCGAUGAUCGAUAGAUGGCAUCAUUGUGGUCCUCUGGAUCUUAUUUUUAGAGUUUUGAACUAUUUUGUACACGAGGACAUUACAUUCAAAAGACUGAAAAGUCUCUGACUUACAGGAAAAGCUUAAUUUCGCCUUCUCGGAGACCUGUAUUAGCCAUUCGUCGAUCAAAGAAUCUGUCCAGGCUUGUGAAGAAAUCUUGAAGUCGGCGAGCUAUUAAACCAACAAAAGUCUUACGCCUUGAAAAACAGAUUUCUUAGAUUCAAAUUAUUUUCUAAUGAUAGAUAAGGAUGGAAGAAAUGUGCUCCGAAUCCCUGAGACAAAGAGCUGGUGGACUGACCAGAAUUUUAAACUUUUAUCACGCGUUUGUGUCUUCCAUGGUUAAAUUUACGCGCUUAAAACAAUCGAAAAUGUGGGCGUGAGCAGUAUGAAUUCGUUCUGCGAAGUAGCUAUUGUACAUGCAGAGAGUAUUUGGAUCACAGAAACGUAUUCAUUUGACGUCCUCCUCAAAGUGUUUUUCGUUUGGUUUUCAGAGUCACUGUGCGAGCAAGCUGUCCAAUGGACCUGCGGCUAUUUCCAUUUGAUCAACAACAUUGUAAUUUAAACAUCGAGAGCUGUAAGUAUGUGUUUUCGUUUACAAGUAAGGUUCUCGAAUAUCUAUUCGACUUCAAAAUACCAGCAUCUUUCCCAAAAAAUUAUUUUCAGUCGAUCUUUAAUACCUCUUACAAAAAGCGUUCAAAUGUAUCUUGCCAAAUGUGCCUUUCCUAAAAGGUAUUAGUAACACAUAAAUUAUCCCUGGUAAGGAGGCCGCUUUCAAUUUAACUCAAGAGCCGUUAUUGCAAUGAAAGCUUUUGUCUUGACAUCUGCGAAAACGUUGGGGCACCAAGUAUCUUAUCGGUUGGGAGUGUGCUUUUUGUUUUGUUAUUAGCAUCUUAUGUUGUUGUAAUAUUUCAGAUGGCUAUAAUGCUAAUAACAUGCAAUACCGGUGGGAGAAUCGAACGGACAAAGGAGUAGCAGUCAAUAAAAAGCUUGAUGAUAUGCCCCAGUAUAACUUAACCGGCGCCUCGACCAAAAGUUAUUUCACAGUUUAUUACUCAGGUGGGUAGACUUUGAUCAUUCAGAAAACUUUAAACCAUGAUGCUAUGCUGUUCAGAGGAAGGGAUUAUAAUAAUAAUGGGAACAACUCUUUACAGCACUACAUUUCUCCAUGUUUUGUUUGCCAUGAGGAAUGUGUAAUUGUUCUCGUUUUGUCGCUGUAUCCAUAAAUAGCCUGACGAAAGAAAGCUGGAACGAAUUUCGUUCUCUAGCAUAAUGGCCAUGCAGACCUUAGUGUAAGCAAGCUGCAGCUGGUUUAAGUUUUGUGUCUUCUGACUAUAUCAAGCAAUUUUCAAUUCAGAGUCGAAAGUAAUACCGAGCUUACUCGAAACCUCAUGGUUCCCCUAUUCUCCAGGCUUCAGCAUUGAUCAAACGACGCUCAGUUUCAAAAUUGCCCAUUUGUUAAAAAUAUAUAAUGAAUAUAUUCUCUUUAUUUCACUAUAAGACCUUUUUCCUCUUUCUUCUUCGUUGUUGUUAUUAUUGCUUUGGUUUUGCUUUACUCCGCCAUGUGAUUGGCUCAGAAAACUUGCGUCGCUUUCUUUACUAUUCAGACUAAAAAUCCCAAAUUGGUCAUCCGUAUUUUUCUACGCGAUAAGCGUUGCUUGUUUUAACUUUUCGGUCUCAUGGAAUCCUUUUGAUAUCUUUCUCUGCUCUUAUUGACUAUUCUAAUGAAUUUUUAUGUGGUUCUACGACUCUCUAAUAGCUUCAGUAUGAAGUAAAUAAGUUUUCAGGCAAUCAGCGUUGUUAUCGACAAUUACUAGAAGAACUGUUGUCAAAUGAUGAUGAGCCUUCCCCAUACUCUGAGAAUUUCUCACCAUGUGUUCUUUUUCACCAGGAAAUUGGUCCCGACUGGGCGCUUCAUUCGGUUUUGUCAGAAGAUCAGGAUAUUUUCUUAUUCAUAUCUAUGCUCCUUGUGCACUCAUUGUUAUUUUAUCUUGGAUAUCAUUUUGUAUCCCUCCUGAUGCAACUGCUGCUCGCAUUGCCCUCGGAAUAACUUCCGUGUUAACUAUCACGACGAUAUUAAAUAUGCUGAAUACAGCUAUGCCAAAGGUUAGAAGCUGCUGAAUAUUUACUGAAUAUGUAACAAAAAAUGCCGGAGACAGAAAGACAGAAGACAAACAAAGACAAACAAAGACAAACAAAGAAAAAGACAAACAGGCAGACAAAUAUAAUUUAUUCUUGUUUUCUCGUUAUCAUAUUCCCACCAAUAACGUAACUCUAUUUUCCCUAUAUAAACACGCACACAACCCACAAUUCCUCUAUUCACUCUGGCGAAGGGCUAACGCUCGAAACGGAAGUUUGUAUCAACUCAGUUGAUAACAUUAAAUUAUCCAGACAGGUAGACAUGACAAUUAUUGGUGUCUUUAUUUUCGGUCCAUCUUCUAUGUUUAUGUAUGUAAUUAUCAUCAUGAAUAUGAGCAGAAUGACAUGAUGAUUAAUUUUUUAUCGUCACGUAAACGUUCAUGAGUAAGGCUAUGACAGAUACAUCGUUGGAAAUGAAGGCAAAUACAUAUGAAUCUUACCUAUAGAUGAAAUAAUCACAUUUCAGAAUGAGAGGCUGAGUUACGAAAUGAUGUACAGAAAUGAUUGCUAACGAUAUCAUGAAGAGUAUUAUAGUGUCAAAUUUAAGAGCAAAUGCGAAAAAAUAUGACUUCUGUCUGAUUAGGGGUAGAAAUCAUGAUAGCUUAUGAAUAAAGUGUUAUCAUUAGAUAUAUUUUGUGUGAUCCAACUGUUAUUUUUUUCAGGUUUCGUAUGUCAAAGCAAUAGACUGGUAUCUCAUUGGCAGCUUUCUGUUUGUGUUUGGUGUGUUAGUUGAGUACACAUUCGUUCUUUGGAUCGUGAACGUUCACAAUAAGAGACUAAGAAGGCUGAUGAUUGAGCAGGAGAUCCAGGAAGCGGUAAUCAGAGACAUUUAGACAAAAUAUAUUACUCCUUAAAAUGAGAAUUAUAACGUACUCCACUAUUGAACAAAGGGGGCAUGUUUCUAAAGAAACUGUGGUGCUGCGUCGGUGGUAUGGUAUAGCAGAGUAAUUUGGUAUUGUCAACUGAGUUGAUAACGUAAAUUGGCCACCGUUAAGAGUUUCAAAGCUAAGCUAUGUACUGGAGCUCCUUACGGUGGCCAAGUUGUGUUAUCGACUCAGCUGAUAAUAGCAAAGUACUCCUUUUUUGCUUUUAAGGUUGAGUUUGUAGAUUUGUCUUUGACAUGGGGCUUUAUCCUCAAGCACAAUUUCCUUUAUUGCAAUUAUUGGUACCAGAUCAAUUCGUCUUUUGCUGUCUACAAGUUUAACAAGUUUAACAUUAUUUAAUUGUAGAUAAUUUUUGUUCAAAUUUUCCGCGUUCCAUGAUCAACUUUCCCCUAUAGAAAACAAAAUGAAGAUCAAUUUAAUCCUUCACUCACUGAUUAUCCUAUGCCCGAAUGACAGAACCUGUUUAUGUAAACGUAUCAAGGAGUCUAGCUAAUGUUUAAUUUAAGAACAAUUUUGAAUUAUCUUUUGCACUUAAAGAACACAGCCGUGGUCUUUUUAAAAAACGCUAACGAAACAAAUAGUCAAGAAUUUGAGGAUUACAGGAGCAGUUCCUGCUGUGGGCCAAAAACACUAAAUGAGGAUUCUUUCAUGAAGCACUACUAAGUCAGGUUGUACUUAAAAGAAUACUAAAGGCAAGUUUUUAAAGAAAAUUUGAUGCUUUGUCGGCGGAGAGUAUCACAAGAUAAUUCGAUGUUAUUGAUUGAAUUGAUCAUGUAAAUUGGCCACUAUAGAGAAUUUUUAAAGCCGGUUGAGGUCUCGAGCGUUAGCCCUUCGUUAGAACGAAUGACGAAAGGGUAACGCUCGAAACAUCAUCUUUAGCAACUCUUUACUUUAUCAAUUCAGCUGAUGAAACAAUUUAUCUUAUACUUUAAAGAGCGUUCAUCUCAGAACUAGUUCCGCAGUGGUCAAAUCCAAUAGAUUAAGUUUACAAAAUGCUGAAUAUAGAUUCCCUGAUAGCUGAGGAUAUUUUUCAUGAAAAUGAUUCUGUUUGUUAUUGCUCUAUAGGAGGAAGAGAAGCAACAUAGCUCGCGGAAGCAUGGGAUGAAUGGUAGCGUCACAAGCAAAAAUACUCGUGAAAGCCAUGGUUAUGAUUACGAACUUUUUGAGGUAAACCAACUGCAUUCGUUCUUGAGGCGAAUCUUCCCAUCAAGUUUCGUCGUAACUCCUUAAACGCGAUUUUUCAUUUGAUUGUUAAAGGGUUCAACAUUGUAAUUACGAUUUUGCUGUAUAAGAUACAAGUAUCCAAUAGAAUAUUCUCCUAGUUUUAACUAAGACAGUGCGUUUUUGGUUUUUGUUAUUUGAUUAAGAACGUUUAUUUGGAUAUAAUUUUCCACCGAAUUAGACAUGCAUGGAAAAAAGUACACUUCCAAACACAAUUUCGUUAGUACUUUCUAAGUUUUAAAAGUCCUCCUCACUUUGUUAUCAUUGGCUGUUGUGCUACUGUUUUGGAACUGGCUCGGAUUUAGUUUCCUAAGUACAAGUAGUCAACAAUUAGUUAGCCUUUUCCCCAGUGGCACAAGCACUUUUGUUUGUCUGCCGUUCCUCACACAGACCAAUUGAUAACUACAAAUCUUGUUCAAGUUGGAGAAGGAACGUGCCCUAAACACUUUCCCCGCGAAAGGUAGCGGAGAAGUGAACGAAUCUUAAAAGGAACUCCAACAGAAGUUAUAAUCUUCCUUUCUGAGUAAGUUCUUUCUUCCUUUAGAGUUAUAGUGCAUUCAGCGACAAAGCUAAGAAACCCAGCUCACAUUUGUGUGACAGAUCAAAGGCAAAGCGACAUGCUUCCUCCGAAAUGGAGCAGAGACCGUUGACCUAUCCCAGAACUCCACAUUGCAGGGCAAGAACAGUUUGUCUCGACCUCAUUGAUCCGGAUUGCAUUGAUGACUAUGCCAGGCUGUUCUUUCCCAUCAUGUUCAUCCUUUUUAAUGUGACAUAUUGGCUUAAGUUUGUUGUGCUGUAAGAUAAGACCUAGGAGAAACAUCAAAGGAAAUUCUUUCUAUUUUUCUAUCGAAAAAUCUAGCAGAAAGCCAAGGACGUCUCCUAAGAGAUGGAAGAACAUCUAACACUAUUAGACUCCCGGAUUGGACAUAAUUCAUAUGUCAAGGGAUUUUUUAUGGCUGUUUCUUUUGGGGCAAUGCAGCAAACAUGUAUCAACAUGAUCGGAAAAUAUAAGAUUGGUGCGAGUUCGGAAAAUGUUUGAAAAUAAUAAGUGAUCACAUACAUAAAUUUUAAAGGAGAUAUUAAUUUUGUGCAAGAAAUUCUUGCUCAGAUCAUGUCUUUGCUGACCUUUGGUAAGGACUACGUAAUAAGGACCUUUGAAAUACAGUUACCUUAUUGAGAGUCCCCAUCUAAUCUUUCAAACGACAGAGCACAUGUAGCCUCUUUUACCGUUGUCAUUAUCCUCCCAAAUUGGUAAAAAUCUCUCUUAAUUUAUUCAGUUGCUAUAACGUAAACUAUGUUUUAUAUUUCCAGUACUGUUCAUUUGCAUGACUGAAGUAAGAGUCUAGGGAAGCGAGGUGCAUGACGCAUGAUACAAUCUAUAGGCGAUGAUGAUAAUGAUGAACUUUGAAUAACUUUGGUAUAGAUAUAAUGAGGAACCUUUCUAUAUCUCAGUCUGACACUUCUUUUUUUAAAAGGCAGAAUCUUGCAAGUUGAAAUGUUUUUCUUACUGCCACGGUUUAAUCCCUAAAAAUCACUAAAUAGGCAAGCAACUAUUACCGAUAUGAAAUAAUACUGAUAAAGCAAGCAUGAAAUGUAAGUAACUUAGAACAAGCAGCCUCUGGUAUUAGAUUAGCAUUUAAGUGAGAGCGACGUUUGUUGAAGACUUGCGAAAAAAAAUUACAAAGAUAGUAACUAUGGCGUGCUCGUUAUGGUAAUAUUACAUCUUUCAUCUCGUAGGUUAUGUUAUUUUCUUGAUCUCAGCGGCGAAAUGUUCUUCCUCGGGAUAAGGUAGUGCUGGCGAUUGCGUAUCGUAACGCCAGAAUUAAAGAAAUCAGCCAAUAAAAAAAUAGGAGAAAAUCGCGCGGAACAUAAUAAUUGACAAGCAAGCUGCAUAAAGCACGGGAAAAUUACCUGAACGAGUACUUCACAAGUGUUUCCAGUUUUGCCUCUGUUCUGGUCACUCAACUGCUCAGUAAUGCAAUGUAACUUAGUAUAAGAUGAAACAUUGAACUGAUCGUGGCUGAGGGUCAAUAGGUUAAGCUGUUCCAUGUUUUCCAUCCACGUAUAAAGCAUGAAUUUAAAACAUAUUUUGAACUCAAUAAAAUUUAUGUCAAUUUCGCAACGCCAAUUAGGCCACAACUUGCAUAAGCACUGAGCGAGACUUUUAUAAGGUAAAAAUUAUCAGUAGUGUAGAUGUAUGCUAUUUUAGUGAGGACCAAAUAGUUUACUUAUACUUAACUUAGAAAGAAGUCGG